AUGAGGCAUCUGGACCGUCCGACCAGCCCGGCGGUCCGCAGGGUGGAGAUGGAGCGUGGCAGAGCUGGCUACGGAUUCACCAUUGCCGGCCAAGCACCUUGUGUCCUGAGGGGAAUAAUAAAAGGGAGUCCAGCGUACAGUGUCGGAUUGCGACCUGGAGACCGCAUCUUGCGUGCGAAUGAUACAGAUGUGUCUGAGGCGUCGCAUGAAGUUGUGGUGAAGCUGAUUGGUACGUCAUCACGGUCACUGUGUUUGCUGGUCACAUCAGGUGACAGGCCACCCAUGGCCUCCUGCUCCAGUGAUGAGGAACUGGGUUGUCAGAGUAAGAGUACACUGCCGUGGCUCAAUCCUGGAGAAAAGUAUCCUUUCCCCAAGAGUAGAGACAUGAGGGAGCCGAUGCUUCAGUCGGUUGGAAGUUUUGAUACUGUCUUUGAGAUCUCUGAUCAGGACACCAUGACCGCCCAUCAAGAGAAGCAAAAAAAACAAAGACCUUUGUCUGAACCAGAUAUGUCUUAUUGGCUGCAGCAGCGUAGAUCAAAAACCCACGCCUAUGGUCUUUCACAGGAUGACACGUCUCGAAUCGUAAGUGAGGAUUCUGUGUUUUCAGACCUUCAGAAUCAGAAUGAUUUUGUAUCUGACUCCAGCAUCCUGAACGUUGCAAUGAUUGUGGGAUACAUCAACUCCAUGGAACUGGAGCUAGUAACGUCACAAUCUGAGGAGGAGGCAUUGCAAGCCAUCCGUGAAUGCAUCAGUCAGAUCGGUAUUGAGCAGAAGACCCAUUCGCUGGUCAUGAUGAGGGUCAAAUGCAACUGUGUUCAGCUUUGUGAUGACCGAGAUGUCGUUCUAGCAUCUUACCCAGCGGAGAACCUGGCACUUUGUGUCAUUUGCACAGAGGACAGCAGGUUCUUUGGCCUCGUCUCGGUUGAUUCGACCAAAAAUAUUGACACUGGGAUGCAGACAAGCACCCUGAAGACAUUUUGUCAUGUCUUUUUCAUAGAUCCGGAACUUUAUGAACACAAGGAGCACCAAAGCAUCACAGGGCACUUUGAGAUUCCCUGCACUCCGGAUCCAGACACUCAAGGCUGUUUGGAGUUUCCUCAAACUCCACACUCGAUUUCUCACUUUGUGUCUGUCCUCUAUACCGACAUGGGAGACUAUAUCGAAAAAUUGAGACUGAAACUUGACCGCGAGAAUCCUGAAGAAGAACCUCAAAGCGCAUGUAACAAUGGCAGUGGCAGCGACAGUGGGAUUGGAAAUGCUUCGCCAGAGGAUAGAGACAGUCUCAUUGGCCAGUGGAGCUUCACAUCUCCAAAUAUUCCCAACCCACCACCACCAUAUUAUUCCCAGCACAGGAACAACACACUUCUCAAACCGGAGUGCAGGUGCCUUCUGUCUGAACCUCUAACAGGAGCUGCUCAACCUGCAACUCAAUCAGGUGUCUCAGCCAGGGCAGAUAGUUCAGCUUUUACUCCUCUUCCUCUUAGUAUACAAUCUAACUUGCCACCUAAACUGAGAACCAGUCAACGCAGACCUUCCAUUGGCUUAAAGGCUCGCUGGCAGAAAUCUCGUCCCAACAGCAUUGAAUGCUUGGUGGAGAGGGACAUCGAUGGGCCCACAAAUAAAAGUAGCAUCCUUCCUCCUGCUAUGGAACAAAUCCCGACUCUCAGAUACAAACCACUAGAAGAUCUCAAACAUCCUCAGAGAAUGAACUUCACCCCACAGCUGACCUCCAGGUUCUUCAGUAGUGCAGCCAAGCAUAAGGAUAGGGAAAAUAAGGGAUCCUUAUUUUGGGCACUCACAAGGAGACGUUCCUCUGUACGAAGACCAUCAGGUCCGGCUAAACGACUCAGUCUGGCUCAUUCUCUUAAUGACCUUGAGUGCUCAUGCAUUAUAUGA